AUGGCAAACCAGCAUACGUUGUGUGUUGCUGCUAAUAAGCAGAGCCCGAGACUUUAUGCGUCAGGCAUGACAGCAUGGAUGCGGUACCAAAUCUUGCUAUUACACAACAGGCACAGAGACAACAUUGCUGUGGGUUUAGAGCCUGGGCAGCCUCCUGCUACUAACAUGCGUAAAAUGUACUGGGAUUAUGAACUCGAACACAUGGCGGAGAUAUGGGCUCGUCAGUGUCAGAAGCGACACGACGAGUGCAGGAAUACCAUCAGGUUUAAUGUGCUACAAAAUAUGGACGUGCGGGCUGUUGUGAGCAGGGUGACCGAAGCUCAAUUACUGUCAGACGCAGUGGGUGCAUGGUUUUCGGGCUCGAGAGUAUUGCCCCCCGAGCACGUGUGGUCUUUUAGGUUUAGUAAUUGCAGUGCCCCUGGCGGCUGUAACGCUCAUUGGUACUCAGCAGCAGCUUGGGCUUCUACGUGGCGACUUGGUUGUUCACAAGCUCUUUGCACUGCAAAAAAACCAUCAUGUGCUCUUUUUCGCAAAAGAAGAGCGACCACUAGACAAUCGUACGGUCACACAAAUGUGACGACCACCUCUCCACGAACUCAAAAUUUACUUCGCCGUACCAGAUUUCUAACUACGUCAACAACUCCAAGAUUUGAAGAUUAUGGUACCACAGAUCGCAAUUAUCAGCCUAAAGAAUCGCCUUUACAUCGUGGUGUUUUACAAUCUCAAAUUAAAGAGAAAAAACGAAAGGAAUCCAAAAUUUUGGCUUACACUUUUUGUAAUUAUGGCCCCGCGGGAAACAUUGAUGGUUUUCCUAUUUACGAAGUAGGAACUACAUGCAGCAACUGUCCUCAGGGCACGCGGUGUGAAGACCGAAUGCAUAGGGCAUUAUGCUCGGUAGUUGGUGAUCCGGAUGUAAAAUAA